UAAAGUUAUUAUUAUUAUUAAUAUUAUCUUUCAGUGUUUUUUAAUAUUUCAUACUUGCUGUGUCAUCUUUUGGCUUGAAUAUUCGAUUUGUAUACUUUCACACAAAAGAUGUGCCUGCACAAGUAAAUUUUCCCGCCAUAUGUUGUCGUAUUUUGUAGCCUGAAUUGCUCGACUUCCUACCUUCUUUUUGUGAAUAUCACGGAAACAAACCCUCCCAUCGAAAACCACUCAGCUACAUGACAGCAUAAGCAUGUAUACUUCGAUAUACUGGCUUAUCAGUUAAAAAAAAUUACUAAAAAAAUGGAAAAAUCUGAAUGUUGGGUGGUAAGAUGGUCAUUGAGAAAUGAAGGUUUUAAAGACAAGAAAUGAGAGAAAAGUCCGAAAGUCUGCAAUAAAACAGCUCAAAUAGUUUUUUGACAGAACAUUAGGUACAAUAGGGGAAACCUGACGAGGUAGCUGUCACAAGACAUAGCAAGCUAAGUUUGGAGCAGGGUCAUGAAAAGCACCAUUUGGAGACCCCUGAGAGGGUAAUAAAAUACCUCUACUCAGUUCGCCAAGCAACGUUCAGCUCGUCUCAAAAAGGAAGUACAAAAGCCUUACCGUGGAAAGGGGCCGGCAUGAUUAUCUUUUCUUGGAUCAAUGCCCAAAAUAUUUUUUCAGCUGCCUAUUCUAAAAAAUAAUAUUUUUAUUGUUAGGGGGUCGAAGUGGCUCCUUCUUACUAGGUGAUAAAAAAACUGAAAAUGAAUCAUCUGGAGCUUUACACGCUACAUGACUUACUCCACUCAAUGCCACUACUGCUACAGAGUGAGAUUUAAAAACAAAGGGGCCAUGCCAGUUACUGAACUUCUGAAUACAUAUAAGCGAUAGAGCAAGAAACAUCUUUUAGAAAUUUCAUGUCUAAAUAAAGUUUUGAUCAAAAGUUUUUGCUAAUGAAAUUAGAGGAAUGAACUUUAGGGACACCCUGUAUAUCUGGUUCUUCAAAACCUCAAGAGACAAAACAAGUAGGUCAAAUGUGUAGAGGCCCUGCCAGGGUAAAUUCCGACAAGCAACAUGACCCAGAGAGUAGCGACAGAGUGUAAAAUGAAAUCGCAACAAGAGACAACCUCCCUCAGCCAAAUUGCGACAGUGAUGGCAAAGCCGAGAGUAAGUGUCGGACAAAGAACAUUGUAUUGGCUAAUUUAUCACCAGUCUGAAUGCCAAGAAGAAGUAAUUUUCAUCAAUUUUCCUUGAGCUUCUAGGAAUGUCUCUUGUCAGUGAGCUUGUGUGGAGUCCCUCCUGUGAAUUGUGUUAAUUGCGAAGGGCGAUGUAUAGGUGUUCGAUAUGCGAAAUGUUAACUGAGAAGUUGCAGAACUAUAAUGGUUUCUUUACAUCGCUUCACUUUUCCCCUUUUCUACAAUUCCGAGAAAGACAAAGAAUUUCUGUUCAAUUUCCGACAGCGGCGUGAAGCUUUUAUAAACACCGACAUAAGACGUUUUAAAAUUCAGACAAGCGACAUGAAACACCCCCGGCCCCUGGCAGGGCCUCGGUGUAAUAUAUCUCGUUCCUUAAGCAAUAAUGAAAUGAAAGAAGGACAGUAAAUGAGUAAUAUACCUUGUUCUUUUAGCUUUUAUGUAGAUGAAACAAGCAUGAUGAAUGUGUAACAGGGAUUUUAGGAUGUUGUUGAUCAUGAUAAAAUUUUGGGUGACAUAAGAAGCAUUUCAGGCAACUUAACUAAAAAUUUGGGGCAAUAUAGCUCUGGUUUUAGAUUACAUAACUGCGGGGAAGAUGACUUUUUGGGGACUUGACUUUAAACCUAAUAAUAUAAUCAGUCAUCAGUUCGACAUUAAUAACGAACACUUACCGAAACUAUUUUUCAAGAUCAUACAAAAAUUGCUCUAAAUGUUCAGCAACCAACAGUCUAGCAGUAGCUAGGUCCAUACUUAUAGUCUUGAUCCUCUCUCCAAUCAUGCUGCAGUAUGACAUCAAAGCAAAGUAUCGAUUGAUUUCAAGAUAGUUCUUGGGCAUGAAGUUUUUUUCACCCAAGUGUCUGCAUAACCAACCAAAAGCCAAGCGCAUUUGUAUCUGUUUGAUAAACCAAUCAAAUUGCUCUAUUUCCAUUCGUUUGUUGUGUUUGUUUUGUUCACGCAUUUUCAUUUCGAGAACAUUCGAAAAUCGCUCUUUUCGUGUUAAAGAAAAGGCAAGCAAAUGGCUAAGAGAGAAGGUAAAAGCAUCAAUGAGAAGGUACAGAGGAAUAUUUGUAAAUUAGCUUAUAUGCUGUCUUACCAGAGAAGCAAAUUUCGUAUGGUCCAGGUUGUAGUGCUAUUAGCAAUGUGUAUUUUGUUCAGAUACAAGUUUUGUUUCAAUUCAUAGUUUUAUUUUUUUGUUUUCAGCUUCUUGAAGAAUGUUUAAAGCAAAUUGUUGAUACUGAACAUACUGCAUCAGAAGUUUCCGAAGAGGCUUUCCUUCAAACAUGUGAUAUCUUGAAGGAAAAAAUGAAGCAAAGAUCUGAGUCAAGACUGCAUCCCUUUGCUAUUUCUCAGCCAGUUCCUUUAACAGAAGAAUAA